CAUACAUCAUCCCUUUCAAUCCUUUCAGUCCAUCCCUCUUCUUCUUAUCAUUCACCCCAGAUUUCCAGCAUACCCUUCACAACACACCAUCACCGCACUAUCACCAUACAAUGCCGCAAGUCUGUGCGCUGGAUAUUCCAGAGGUCCUGUACACGGUCCUCAGCUGUCGGUCGAUCCUUAGCCCCGAUGAUCUCACAGUCACCAGUCUCGUCUCCAGCUCUUGGUACUACGUCUCACGGAGAGCACUCUGGCAAGAGGUCGAACUCCAUAGCGAGUCAUGGGAAGAUCCGCAUUACCACGCUUUACUCGCACAACUCCUGAAGUACGGCUCCCUUGUGAGAACACUCAUACUGAAAGAUUGCGGAGCAGACAGGUCCCGCUUUGAUGAGCUCCUGUCAACAAUGACAAACCUCCAGACCAUCCUCGUCGACAGGCUUAUGCUUCACAGUCAAUCAUUAACUCUUGUCCAGUCCAUCGAACAUUGCUCGCUCUCUCGCCUGCGAUACCUCAGACUACCGCAUCUUUCAAUGGUGUCGCACGGGAUCGAUGUGGUGCCGAGGGUACUGGAGUCAGCUUACGGGCUUAGGCAUUUGGAGCUUGUGAACAGCGAUAUUGACGAUGGGGCCUUGGCCGUCAUUGCGAACGCGUGUCCGAAACUUAAGUCGUUGGACUUAUCCAAUAAUGAGAUCGUGACCUUCAGCGCAUAUCUAGCGGACCGGGGACAGGCGCUUAAUACCGACCAGGAUAUCGAUGUCAGUUCUUCGAGUGCAGGGGUUCCGUCACUUUCAUACUCCGUAUCGAGUUCGUAUCGCUCGCCGUUUAAUAGACAACACUUCCGAUACGCCAAUAACCCCUAUUUAUCUCGCAUGGCCAAGGCAGAGCCUGACGCUGGCGACGACACUACGGUCAUCAUAUCUACCCUUACAAAAAUGCUUCAACACCAGGGGCAACAACUACAACAACAGACACCCCUGCAGAUGCGUGUCACUCCCGCGGCCUUAUCUUGUGAUGGACGGACACCAUGGUCCUUGUCCAGUCUUCUUCAGAGUGAUAUGCCAUUCAACCAUCUUGAGGAACUAAGUCUAGUGUUCUGUCUGGGGAUCUCCAACAGAAAUUUUCAAGCACUAUUUCGAUCCUUCCGUGGCAAGAGGCUUCGUGCCCUCAAUCUUCAGUUUACCAAUGUCGAGGACUCAGGUCUUGAAACACUCGCCAGUACAUUCAGUCCGUUGUCAGCCCCAUUCAAGGUUUCUUCAGCUGCUGCUCAGAUCGGGCUGACGAGUGUCAAAGUCAGCUUCUGUGACAAGAUUACUGCUCGAGGCAUUAGGGCGUUGGUCGAAACCUGUCCCCAACUUCUCGAGCUCGAGUUUCUAGGCUGUGAUUCCGUCUCUGCAGAUUGCUUCCAUGGCCCAUCUCCAUGGGUUUGUACAGGACUCAGGCAACUAGAAUUCACAAUACGUCCGAGGGCAUUGUUUAUGAUGCAGCAAGGGCACGCUGUAGAUUCUGUAGCUGGAAUACAAACGUUAUCAUCGGACCAAGCACAGGACCACUAUCAACAGCCAAAGAGUCAGGCGGACGACCAUUAUGUGUUGGAUCAUUCGCUAAGAAAAGGGGAAGAGCGGCAUCAAUGUCAGCAGCAGCAACAAAAACAACAACAACAACAACAACAACAACUGCACCAGGAUAGCAGAGUUGACUUGAGAUUACACGUUCAAAAAUCCAUGAAGAGUGACUACCAUGCCAUGUUCAGACAACUCAGGUUGCUUCGGCAUCUGAAGUCCCUACACAUAUACAAUAACUCGGGACUCGAUAUUGACAUCGAAGGGGUUCUGGUAGAAACAGCGCCGGAGGAGGCUCCUGAUGAUAUAAUGGGGUUGUCUGCAGGGAUGGAGCCACCGUCCGCAACUUAUGGUCCCGUUGCGCUGGAGUCGAAAUUCAUGACCAGAAACAUGGAAGACACCCGGAGCUAUAUCGCAAAUGCAAUCGAUGCUGCGCACGUCAGUGACGUAGCCCAGCAGGAUGACCUGCAGGGGAGCACUUCUCAGCCUCAGCCUGACCCAAGUCCCACCCCGAUGCAGGUUCCUUCAAACGAUCCCAUAUUUAUGGCACAGCCAGCAUAUGUACACCCUUUCUCGUUCAGGAUGGGCCUCAAGGCACUCGGUCGACUGAAAAGUCUCGAGACGCUCACAUUGUACGAGCGAACAAGUAUUCCUUUUGGCAUGUCCGAAGCGCGAUGGGUUGCCAAGGCAUUUCCUCAGCUCUCAGUACUACAAUUGCGUGGUACAACUGAGAUUGUGGACGGAGUACUGGAGCAAUUGACGGCGAGAAGGCCUGGCGUCCUCGUUCAAGUAUGCCCUCUUUUCGAAUACUGAUCAUUAAUAAAUUACGUUGCCACC